AUGUCUUCCACAACGACCAGUCAUAUUCUUCAUCAGCAAAGUUGUUCAUGUAACUGCCGCUCUCGUCUCCGUAGCAGCGCGGCAACGAAGGCCCUGCGGCGGAAGCGGCGGCAGCACCUGAUGAAGAAGGGGCUCCUCCUCCCGCGCGCCCGCCGCUGCCAGUGCGGCUGCGACAACACCGAGGUCCAGAUCCACCCGAUCCACGGCGACCCGCAGUCGUUCGACCCGCAGAUGAUGAUGGGGAUGCACAUGGAGGACUUCGACGACGCCGACGACGGCGACGUCCUCAGGAAGCUCCGCUCCGGCGGCGGAGGCGGGGAGGAGAUGAUGAAGCUGGAGAAGGAGAUGUGGGAGACUUUCUACGACACCGGGUUCUGGAGGAGCCCGUCGCAGCGGGAGGAAAACGAAAUCCCCUAUGAGCAACAAGCAAACAAGAAAACUAGAUGA